CAACACAUCAAUCUACUUGCAUGCAUAGUGUAGUAGUAAGCCUCUAAAUAUAUAUCCAGGCAAAGAAAAAUGAAUAUCCUUUUGCUCUCAUUUAUCCUUCUCCAAUCUUUUGCCUUUUCAUUAGCCAAUCCCUCAGAACUACUCUCAGCCGGUCCAUCACCCUCUCCAGUUCUCGACACCAAUGGCGACAAAAUCCGAACUGGUUCCAACUAUUUCGUUCUGCCAGUGAUCCGAGGAAGAGGCGGUGGACUCUUCCCUUCCAACGUUAAACAAAACAAUACUUGUCCUAGAGACAUUAUUCAAGAGUCCCUUGAGGUCCAACAAGGCUUGCCUGUGGUUUUCACCCCUGUGGACCCCAAAAAAGGUGUCAUUCGUCUCUCUAGUGACCUUAACGUCAGGUUUUUCACUCCAACUAUUUGUGCUAGAGAAACUAUUUGGAAAGUUGGUGACUUUGAUGAGAAGUUGAAGCAGUAUUUUGUGGUGACUGGUGGAGUUGAAGGGAACCCGGGUCCUCAGACAGUGAGCAAUUGGUUUAAGAUUGAGAAACUUGGGACAGAUUAUAAGUUUGUGUUCUGUCCAAGUGUGUGCUCGUUUUGCAAGGUUAUUUGCAAAGAUGUUGGGAUUUUUACUAAGAAUGGAGUCAGGUUUUUGGCUCUCAGUGACACUCCAUUCAGGGUUAUGUUCAAGAAGACUUUCUAAAUAUAUGUACCUUUCCUUUUUCAGUGUUGUGGUGUAGCCGUGAACUGAUCAUAUAUAGGAGCGUCAUUUUCCUCGAAUUUUCUGCUUGUGUAAUGUCGGUUGUUUUUCGUUUGUGAGUUUGAAUGCUUGCAGGUUGUGAAUAAACUGCAACUUUUAGCUGUUUGGUUUUCUACUCCAAUAGUGUGUUUCUUUUUCUCUUAAACUUUGCUAUUUA